CAAGCGUCAUGAUUUUGAGUAAGAGGGCUUGAGAGAGCGAGAGAGAGAGAGAGACGUAUCACUUGUCUCAGUUCCUAGGUAGGUAAAACACGAGGAACUUGGCAUGCUGAAGGAUCUCCUCUGUUAAAUGUGCGCACAUUAAGGGACCGCAUCUCACUGUAUUGCUCCAGACCAGGAGAGCAGGACGCAUUUCCAGUCAAAGCCUUUUCAAGUUUGUCAGGGAACUCCUUGAAAACUGACUAGUGACAAACACACUACCACCUCACCAGCUUAUUUUUCCAUUUAUUUAUUCCACAAACUUGGGACUGUCUGAGAGUCAUGAUGGAGAUGAAGGUGCUGGGAUGCGCGAUGCUUUUCCCUCUCCAGAUCUUCUUGUGCGUAUUGAGGGCGAUCGUGCGCUUCUUCACGCGCCAGCAGCGCAGAGAUCUGGGCGCUGAUGUGGUGCUCAUCACAGGAGGUGGAAGAGGAAUCGGCCGUCACCUGGCCAAAGAGUUUGCCAGACAAGGAGCAAGAAAGGUGAUUUUAUGGGGCCGUACAGAGAACUGUUUAAAAGAGACAUGUGAGGAGAUUUCUAUGACUGGAACAGAGUGCCAUUACUUUGUGUGUGAUGUGGGCAACAGAGAGGAGGUGUACCAGCAGGCAAAAGUGCUCAGGGAAAAGGUUGGGGACGUCACCAUUCUUGUAAAUAAUGCAGCUGUUGUCCAUGGGAAAAGUCUAAUGAACAGCGAUGAUGAUGCCCUCCUGAAAACUCAACACAUAAACACACUUGGACAGUUCUGGACCACAAAAGCAUUUCUGCCUCGUAUGCUGGAGCUGUGCAAUGGCCACGUGGUGUGCAUUAACUCCAUUCUUUCCCUUGCCUCCAUCCCUGGAGCCAUCGACUACUGCACGUCCAAGGCCUCAUCUUAUGCCUUCAUGGAAAGCCUAACGCUAGGCCUAUUGGACUGCCCUGGAGUGGGCUGCACAACAGUGCUACCCUUCCACACUGACACAGAGAUGUUCCAGGGCAUGAGAGUUAGGUUCCCAAAGCUGUUUCCUCCUCUGAAUCCUGAGAUGGUGGCCCAGCAUACCGUUGAUGCUGUUAGGACCAACACUGCCUUUGUUGUGCUGCCAUGGACCAUGCACAUGCUUGUCAUACUUAAAAGCCUUCUGCCCCAGUCUGCCCUGGAAGAGAUCCAUAAGUUCUCAGGAAGCUAUACCUGUAUGAGCACAUUCAAAGGACGGACUUAAACAGAAAAAAAACUUGAAUGUGAAAAAUCCUCAAAACAUGUUUUUCAUGCAGAGCAAGCUCUACAUCCAGGAACAUCCAACAAACUGUUGCUUUGUGGAGGUAAAAAAGCCAAUGAAAGAGACCUGGGAUCAACCUAUCAAGAUCGACUGUUUUCCCAAGAACUAUUAUGUCUCAGAGACUUACGUGGAUUUUUGAUUUGGAUGCCCUAUACCGGACCACAAAUAGGCCAUAGUUCAAUGUGCUCCUUGGACAAUGUGAUAAAAAGUUUGGAGCACAGACAUCUGAGGUUUUCUGUUGGGUUCUUUUGCCCUCGUAAGUUUACGUUUGAUAGAUAUUCACUUAUUUUAUUACACAAGUAAAUGCAAGUUGAUUCUACAACGUGUUAUAAGUAAUUCCAGCAUGUCUAUAUUCAUAUUAAUAUCAAAUUUAAAUAAACA